UUGUGGAGAUUUUUCAGAGUCCCCUCGGCAUCUGGAGCUGCUUAGGAUGAAGUAGGGGGUGGGGGAUCCACUGCUCACAAAUGCUCUUGAAUGCUUUGCAUACUUACCUUUGGCGAGUUUGACACGUCUGGAGCUCAGGUUUAUUGUUCUUGAGGAAAGAGAGAAAGACUGGAGAGACAACAAGUGAGGUUUUCUUGGCAAGUUCUAAAGUUUUAAGUGUAUUUGUUCAUGUUUGAGAGUCUGACUUUGUGUGUAUGUAUGUAAGAGUUUGGCUGACCACCCUGGACAGCCCCUUCCUGACAACACCGCUGUACACAGACAGACAGGAAGUCAAGAUAGAGAGAAGGAUAAGCAAGUCUGUUGUUUCUGGACAUUUUUUCAUAUCCUUACUGCUGUUUAGGUAGAAAAGAGAAAUAUCAGUUUCAUUAAAAAGGAAAACAGAAGGAGCAGAAGGAAAUAGAUGGGCAAUUCUACUUGCAGUGGACAGGCUUUGUGCGUGAGGGAUUAAGUGAAACACGAAAGAGGGCUGAAAGAAAAAGUUUGGUGUGUGAAAGGCAAGCGAUGAAGAAAACAGCUGUUGUAACCCAAGACUGUGGAACAUCUAGUGGGAUGAUCUGUAGUCUGCUCUAAAUCUGCAAAGUACUGUUCUCCUUAUCCAUCAUUAUGCAUCAUGCUCUCCUCAGCUCCUGCCACAGCAACUCCUGUCCUCCAAAAACCCACCUCCCCCAGCUCCCCUUCUCCUUUGUUAUCCAACUGCUCUCCCACACCAACCUCUACAUCACCGCCACAACUGAUUGACAUUUCGGUUGACAACUCUGCCUUGAAGUCCACCUCCCCUCCAGUAUCUCUCUCACCUCCUUUCUCAAACUGGGAAACCAUCUCUCCUUCUCCAACUUCUUCCUCACCCCUUAACCACAAAAUCUCCAGCCCUUCUGCCCAGAAACCCAUGUCUCCACAAAUGCCCAAGCCCAUCUGCCCACCUCUCCCUGUACAACAGCCAUCGGCCAUCCCCAAAGUCUCCUCCGCAGCCAUGCCCAGACCCCCUCCACGUCCAAGUUCCAAGCCUUCCUCCCCACCUCUAGCCAGACCUCCACCGCCACUUGUCUUAAAGUCCCCUGUCACACCAGCACCAACACCAGCUGAGCAGCCCCAGAAACCAGCCCCUCCUAGCAUAAGCAUCCUGGACAAGCUGAUCAAGACUUGUCCAGUGUGGCUGCAGCUGGGAAUGACGCAAGAAAGAGCUUUUCGUAUACUCAACAAGGAGUCACCCGGGAUUUUUUUAGUGAGGAGGAACACCGGCCAGAAGUUGAUGAUUGUGUCAGUGCGUCUCCAGCACCACCAGGGGGAGCCUCAGGUCCAGGAGUAUCAUGUAAAAGAAGAAAAGGCCUUGCUUUAUCUUGAGGGUUCUGUCCUGGUCUUUGACAACAUCUUCAAACUCAUUGCAUUCUAUUGUGUUAGCCGGGACAUCCUCCCUUUCCCGCUUAAGUUACCUCAAGCCAUUGUCCGAGCAAGUAAAUAUGAAGACAUGGAGGUGAUAUCCACCCUUGGCUUAGAGUUCUGGAGCUCAACCCUGAACAGCCACAUUCAGGACAAUUUGAGUAAAUCUGCAGACAGUGGUGGCACUCAGAAUGCAGCAGACCACAGUAGUUCCUGUGAGAUCCAACUUUCUGCUGGCAAUGAUCGUCUGUGGUAUGUCAACCCCAUCUUCAUUGAGGAAUACUGCAGCAGUUUGCCAUCCAGCCCCCCACCACCCAUCCUCAGAACCCAGAGCCUCAACACGCCCAUUCAGGCUCCACUGAAGUACAAGAGACCCCCACCCUUGCCUCCACGUCCAAUUAGCAUAUCGGAAGUUGCAUUGGUUCAGGCUACACCUAAGCCAGCCAGAGAGGAUCUUGCGUCAGAUGAGUGUACUCUGAUCUCGCUGAGCUGUCCUCCUGUGGUUCAGAAAGAGGAAGGAAGCCAGCAUGUAUGUCCAGAGAGAGAGGGAACAGCCCCCAGCGUUGAAGCGGAGGCAGCUAAACCAGACGUGGCCCAACCACCUCCAAGCCAAGCGACAAAGCAGGCUAGCCGUGUGUCUUUGCACAGGAUUCCUCCGUUACCACUUCGACGCAGGUUGUCAGAGAACCAGCCAUCAGGAGACGAAAUCCAGCAACAACCGUCUAACAGUACAAGUACCAACAACUCUGUACCAGCAGAGAUGGAGGGGGAAGUUCCUGGAGCUCCCAUGUCAUCUCUCAUCUGCCUGGAUGACAACAGCAUGGUACAGUGUGAGAAGCCAAUGGAUGCCCCCGAGUCACAGUCACAGCAGGAUGAAGCCCUUGUGGAUUACUCCAAGAUAUCGAAUGGAGCAUCUGCUGUCACUGGACUGUCAGCAGCUGAGGUGAGGAGGCCUGGUCCGCCAGUACCACCUCCUAGGAGAAAAAGACCCUCUCAGACUGUGACCACAGCUUCACAAGAUGUCAGUAAUGCCAAUGGGGGAACCACCAAAGAAUCCACCUCCUUCACUUCGAAAACCUCAAGCACUCCUACUUCCAUACACCGCUUUGUCACUGCAGGUCACCCCAAAGUUCCUGACGUCUCGCUGUUCUCUCCAGAUGGAGGUGCUGCCCAGCCAGACCACGACUCCUACUCCACCAGCAGCACAGAAGAGGAGAUGGACACAACAAUGACGGGCUCUAUAGUGAAGAGAACGCCCACCGUUAUGCUGGACCGCGCAAAACAGCGUCUGUCAAUGGUGAACUUCUCUACUGUCUUUACAAAUUUCAUGAGUGCUGACCGCAAGCUGCAGAAACGAAUUGUCGAGCUGGCUCGGGAUGGCAGUACCUACUUUGGGAACCUGGUGCAGGACUAUAGAGCCUAUACGCUGGACACCAUGCGAAGGCACUCCUCAAGUACUGAGAUGCUUCAAGAAAUCAGACAAAUGAUGACCCAGCUCAAAAGCUACCUGAUCCAGAGCACGGAGCUGCAGAACCUUCAAGAGUCAGCUGUUUACACUGAGGAGAAGCUGGAGGUCGUCAUUGAGGCAGCACUGUGCAAGAGUGUUCUGAAGCCUUUGAGGGAGGCCAUAUAUAAUGGGCUAAAAGACAUCCACUCCCGUGCAGGCACUCUGAAAAGGCUGAAAGAGAACCAGCAGAUAGUCUUGGGCACCACAACCACAGACUUGGGAGUAACCACUGGUGUCCCUGAUACACCAGUCAUGGAAAAGAUCCAGGUGAAGCUGGGGAACUUGCAUCAGGAAUAUUCACCUCAGAAGAAGAUAGACCUGCUCCUCAAAACCUGCAAGAUCAUCUAUGAGUCCAUGUCUGUAGGCUGCCCAGGGAAGGCCCAUGGUGCAGAUGACUUCUUGCCUGUGCUGAUGUACGUACUGGCUCGCUGCAACAUGACUGCACUAUUGCUGGAUGUGGAGUACAUGAUGGAAUUGAUGGACCCUGCACUACAGCUAGGAGAGGGCUCAUACUAUCUCACCACGACAUAUGGAGCUCUGGAGCACAUAAAAAAUUAUGACAAGCAAGCCAUGACCAGGCAGUUGAGUCUGGAAAUCCAGGACUCCAUUCAUCGGUGGGAGCGUCGCCGCACUCUCAACAAAGCUCGUGCCUCACGCUCCUCUGUACAGGAUUUCAUCAACGUCUCUUUCCUGGAGGCUGGUUCCAACACUAAGACUCUGGGUGUUCGCCCGAACACCACUGCUCGAGACCUAGCGGCGCAGUGUGCUGAGAAGUUUGAAGUGCUGGAGCCAGACUCCUACUGUCUGAGUUUGUUAGUGGAUGGCCACUACCAGCCCCUGACCCCUGAGGAGUUUCCACUUGCUAUCAAGUCCAACCUACACCAUAGUGAGCCACGCAAGGAAUAUUACUUUGUGUACCGCCAUGGACGCUGGCCAGGACAGGAGCCUGAUGGCCAGACAAUAUCUACACUUGAGCCUCUACCUGCCCAAGAGGACAGUUUGAUUUGAGAAACUUAUGAAAGUAAGUAGCAGGAUACAGUAGUUUACACAAAGAACUACUUGCUGCUGGAAGAGAACAUAACAGCUUAACAGAAAAUUACAUCAUUAAUAAUAUAGUAGUGUCAUUCUGGCACCACCCUGGUCUACUCUAGGACUGCUAUUUGAUCUAUUAGGAGCUACAACAAAGAUGUAAGAAUGUUUUGAAACAGUCAUUCUUUGCUUUGAAAGAAGCUGAGAAUGUCAAUGAGGACCAAGGAGCACUGAGUACCUCUACUCAUUGCUCUGUAUUUGAAGGCUAUAUAUCAAAUAUUUUUUAACUCCAUACAUAAAACCCUGCUUUAAAAAAAGACUUCUUCUAUAGACAACCACUUACAAGCUACACCAAGACUGCCAUUUGAUAUAUUAACUACAACAAGGAUGUCAGAAUGUUUUGAAACAGUUAUUUUUCGCUUUGGAAGAAGCUGACAAUGUCAACAAGGACAAAGGAGCACUCUACUCAUUACUCUGUAUUAAUCUUUAAUGGCUACAUGUCAGAUCUUUUUUUCAUGGAAAGAGGCUUCUUCUAUGGACAUCCACUUCUAGGCAUCAGGUGCUCCCCCACGCAACACAGCAGCAUUCUAAAAUUUUGACAGUGAUUUGUCUAGUUAAGCAGGAAAGUAAAGCAGUUUCCAGCAGACUGAUCCUGACAGAGACCAUAUCGUCAUUCUGGUGCUGAUUUGUACUGAAUGUUUUAUAUUGAAUUGGCAAAAGAUAACACUCUUUGUAAGACAUGGUUCAAGCACAGUCCUAAGCCUGUAUUCAUAAAUCUUAGAGCAGGGGUGCUGAUUUCAGAUCAGAGUCUUCUCUUAAACUCUAUGAUCUUACCAACAACAACAGAUCUUAGGCCAGCACUCUUCAUUAACAUCGCUGCUGCCGCAACAAAAUCUUGUAUCUCCAAAACGGUCAUUUACAGGAGAAGGAAAAAUGUUCUUAAUUUUAAAUGAAAGUGAAUGGAAGAAUAUUUAUUUCCAAGU